AUGGCAAGCUCCUUUGCUAGAUCCAAAGCUACGUUUCUCUUCAUGGACCCUGCGGCGUGCAAUAUGGUCUGUGAAGAAGUCACAGUUAACAGUCAACAAGAUGUCAUGAUGAUUUCAGCGUUCGCAGCAACCAGCACGCUGGGAUCCAUAGCUCAGCAAAUCCACUACGCGACGGCCUGGAUUUCAAUCAAGCAGGGAGAAUUUGAUCAAGCUGUUCGAAGUUUAAGCCAUCCCGGGCUGGCUUGGGCUUUAGGGGGUUCUGCCGCGAAGGCCAACAUGGUGUUAUAUUACAUCCAAUUUUACUGUUACAAUGUGGUGGCUCUCAACAUGUUUUUCUGUCUCAUUAUUUAUUGGCACUUGGGAAAUACAGUCGGGUUGGCUUGGGAGCUGGAACAGGCGAUCGGCACUUAUGUCAAAAAUAUUUUCAAUCCUCUUUCCAGUGGUCAUAUACUGGCAACCAUCCUGGGAGGAUCCAUUCUCAUCGUCUUAAUCGUGUACAAAUAUUUGAAGACUCGACGGUUAUUCGCAGAUUCAGAUCCUCGGGGCAUUUGGUGGGCUACGCAGGAAUCGGAAGACCGACACUCUGUGGAUACGGGUCGAAAAAUGCUUGUGACGCGGUUCACGAUUGGAUUUAUUGUACUUGUUUGUUUCGAGGCUACUGUCGUCACAUUCACGCUUGUACAAAACUACAACGUAACUUCCGCAAACGCAGCAGGCGAACCAGACCACAGUACUACCGGGGCGAUUGUGGAUAUCGUUUUGUUUAUUCCAGGAGCCACAGUCUCAUUGGCGGUAUUUCUGGUAUUCGGCACGACAAGGUCAUGGAGACAGUAUCGUGAUUUGAUUUUCUGCGGAUGCGGCUCGAGAACUGGCACUCUGCCAAAGAGCGAGCAAAGAUCGGAAAUUGGGAUUCAAGGCGCCCAGGACCUGGAAUUUCAGAGGCUUCCUAGUAUAACACACCGACCAUCAGUUGAGGAAGCAGCAAGAAAAUGGGAACUGGAAAGGAGGGUGAGAAUGUUCUCCGGAGGGCACAAUGCCGUAGUGGCCCCUGGCCUUGCUCCGGUGGUAACACAUAUAACCGACCCUUCAAGUCGUAUUAGCCGUGGCAGUACUACGAAAACUCAACGACUCCAUCGGCCAUUUCCAUCCAUUACAUCUAUAAGUGCUACUUCUCGGGUUGUAGAGCUUGGUCUUGGUCUUGAUAUUGAUGAUUUAGUCAUUCAAUAUGAACGUCCCAUAGACGAAACAACCCAGGAACCACAUACUCGCCACAGUAGCACUGAGACAAAGAGCUUAUCCUUAGCAGCAUCGCCUCCGCGCAGGCACACAGCUUUCUUGGAUGAUGCUAGCAUAUGA